CUUUACUACUUGAACUCGGUCCCCCUACUAAUAAUCUCCUCAACCUAAGCUACCUACACUUAAUUACAUCCACAUUGCCUUCUGCCACUCCGACUGGUAUUGGAACGAGAGGGAAAGAAAAGAAAAUUGAGAACAAACCGAACCAUCCUGGACUCACGAAUCUCGCCCGCCAUGAAUCCCUUUCAGGGCUUGCGUGAGUACGAGCGCUCAAGCCCGUGGCCCGAGAAGACACCGAUUUCGAUUCGCUUGAAGGAUGGGCUUAGCAUCACGCUCACCAUUCCCAAUUUUGGGGUUGCGGCAAGAACCGAUGACCAGGUCGGCUCCAAUGCGACUUUGACCCGCGUCGCCCUUGCUCAUGCCGCGUUCAAGUCGGCGUUGCAGCCCGAGGCCGCCCUCGACGACAGCUUCUUCAAGACGUGCGUUGCUGAAGUCAACGUUAUCAAACUUUUCUUUCCAGACAUCACAUCAGAGGCCGUCCUGAUCGUCUUCACGGCAUGGCUAGCUUUUGCUUGUGCUAUGGACGACGUUAUCGAGACGCUCGAUCUGGGAGACCGUGAGCUCGUCCUGUGGGACUCCAUCCAGCUUUUGAUCCCCACUCCAGAUACUUCCCUACAGAGAUCAGAGUCCCUGGCACCCGAGGCUAAGGACAAGCGCGUUCAGGCCCUGGCAAGGGCACUGCUCGACCAUUGCACCCGCUACCUCUCGCCAAAGAGCGCCGACGCCUUUUUCAACGCGGUAUGCCGAGUAUUGGAGGCCCACGCGGCCGAGGUUGGCUUCCUCCAAGGCCGGAACAACGACAGCUUCGCUGAGUAUCUCUCCGUCCGCAGCCGGACCAUCGCAUUGAGCCCCUUCUUCGAGGUCAUCAAAGCCGAGUAUCUGGCAGAGCCCGACUGGGACUUCAACGACGCCUGGCUGGGACUGCAGGACGAAGUCUCGAGAGCGGCCGGGCUCCAGAACGACCUGAUCGGGUUGCUGCGCGACAUCGAAGACGGCGAGCAGCUGAACGCUGUCGUGAUCCUGAUGCGCGGCUUCCGAGGCUACGACGCAAACCGGCUCGACCGCAACAUUCUGGCCCGCUGUGUCUCCAUGGUCGCUGCCGAGCACAACGCCAGCGCCGCCCGAUGUUUCGAGCGCAUGACAGAACUGCACCGAGCGGCCCAAAAUUCGCCCGGCUCAUCCGUCGAGAGGGUCGAGAAGGUUGCCCGCCAUAUCAUCAUGAUGUGCGAGACGCACCUGCGAUGGUGCUCCUCGUCCAAGAGAUACCGGCUCGAGAUUGCUGUCGACGAGAACUAUACUUCGCCGUCAUCAUCCGCGCCCAACACACCGGCGACGACCGCCGCCUUUCCGUCGGGCGAGGCACAAUCGCUUGAGUCAUGUGCUUCACAGUCUCGCGAGACCCAGGCGCAUCCUGAGCAGGCGGUGGUACACUCUGCAGGCAUCUUCCACGGGCUUCCGUCCUACCCCGACACGCCGGAGUGCCGCAAUCUGACAGCCCUCGUCACCGGAGCCACCGGCCUUUCCGGAUACCACAUGGUGAAAGUGCUGGCGGCAUUGCCGCAACGUUGGAGGAAGAUCUACUGCCUCAGCUCCCGCGCACCUCCUCCGAACUUCUUCGAGGACCUCGGCGAGGGUUCCAGCCGCGUGGAGCACUUGGCCGUCAACUUCUUAGAUGAUCCGUCCGAGAUCGCGCAACGACUGAGGGAGAAAAUCGUUGAGCAUGUCCUGCACCCAAGGGCGACGUCCUGGAUCUCUGGGCAAACGCCGAGGAACUGGCGGUUGUCAACGCGAAACACAGAGAACAUGUUCAACAACUUCAUCGCUGCCCUUCAGCUAACCUCGCUGCGGCCACGCCGAUUCAUGCUGCAGACGGGUUCCAAGCACUACGCAUUCUACCUCGGCCCUGCCUUCCUCCCGGCCUUCGAGUCCGACCCGCGCGUCCUGUUGGACCGGAACUUUUACUACGAGCAGGAAGACGCCCUAAACGUUGCCCGCCCGUCGUACAUCGUGGGCGCCGUCCGCGACGGCACGCUUAACCACCUGAUCGGUUUCGGCAUCUACGCGGCAGUCCAGGCGUUCCUCGGCGAGCCCAUCGCGUUCCCGGGUGACUACCACGCCUGGGACCGAGAGCAGGUCCAGAGCACCGGCAUGCUAAAUGCCUACUUUGAGGAGUGGCUCGUCCUUACCGGCAAGACGGCCAACGAGGCGUUCAACAUCCACGACGGCCAGUCCUUCACCUGGGGCCGGCUCUGGCCUUACCUGGCAAGCUGGUACCAGGCCGAGUGGCUGCCGCCGGCAGAGGAGGAAGACAAGUACCGGAGUGUGAAGCUGCCCUGCCCGACGACGCCGCGCGGCUACGGCCCGCAAGCCACGCUCCGCUCGACUUUUAGCCUUCUUGAGUGGUCCCUCCAGCCCCGGGUCGAGGAGGCCUGGAAAGACCUGGCGAAGCGUCACGGCCUGGUGUUGGACCCGUUCGACGACCGCUAUCGCGCUCGCAUCUUCUCCUUUUCCGACUCGGCCGUCAUCGGGGACGCGCCCAUGACCACGAGUGUGCGCAAGGCACGCGAGUUUGGCUUCUUUGGUACCGUUGACUCGUACCGUUCCAUCUUUGACACCUUUCACGAUCUGGCAAGGUUGAAGCUAAUCCCGGCUCCGGCGGUUAAGGAGUUCACGGCGUAA